AUGAACUGAAUCCUCUUGUGACACGAAGCCUUCACCUUUUCAUUCUGUGUGACUGUCAGUUCAUGUUAAACUCUCCUGGAGUUCUGGUGCCUUUUAAUGAAGCAGCUGAUACAGAACACAUCGAGUGCUCGAGCCAGCAGAGGGCGACCUCACGACCCACAGACUCUGAGAUCCGGUUCAGAAGCCACAUUGUUCAUCACUGGAUCGAUGCUGUUCAAGCAGCACUUGAGCUCACAGAGAGAUUAAUCUUAUUGAAUACUGUUUGAUUAGAAACUGGCAGAGAACUGAUGCCAGAGCGCGUCUCAGUCAGUCCGCGAGGAUUUUAGAACUGUUUCACCGUCAAAUCGUCGAGUGCAUGACGGCUCGCUCGAGAACAUUUUUAUUGUUUAAUGCCGACAAAACUUCAGAAGAAUCAGCCACAGCUCAUGUUCACUGCUUCACAUCCUGAAGAGACAGUGAAGAAAUGUGAAACAUGUCUGUCCAUGUUGGACGUCCUGAGUGCAGAAUGAGCCACGCGUGAUGUGUCAGCCUGGAUAUGUGCUGCUCCACAGCUGCACCCGCUCGGUCAUCAGCAGCUCGAUUAAACACACAUGAGGCUAAUUAGCAGCAUCACAAACACACCAGCAACACAACUGCAGAGCUGUGAAACACUAGCCGUCUUUCCACAAAACAUUUAGACGACUAUCACAUCAGAAGUUUUAUGGAAACAGAAACAUUUGAAAGAUGUCCUCUUAUUCAGUAAAAACACUUUGUACACUCCCUUGAGGUGGUGUUUGUCUUCUGGAAAACAGAGUUCACGUGUAAGACGUUUGAUGAAAACAGAUUUGCAGAAUAAACGUUGAAAACAUGAAAACAUGUCUGUAAGCAGUCGUCACAUGUGGACCGAUGAGCAGGAUGAACAAGUCAUGGCUGAAGACUUCUCUCUGCACUCGUCUGUCCUCCAGCCUCUGUGGCCUGCACCGCCUCAUCCUCUCACCAAGGCAGAGGUCAUUGUGAACUUCCAAAAGUUUGCAUAAAAUUCACUCGACAUGUUCUGGAAACACGGCUGCUGAUAAAUAAAAGACACACUGUGUACUUUUUGCACAUUAACAAUGAGUCGAGUCACAUUGAAUUCCACAUUUGAACCAUUAAGUUGUAGAGCUUUAAGGUAAAUAUCUUCAUUUUACUGUCAAGAACACUUUUCUCUUUGAGCUCCAGAGUUUGAAGGACUCAUCAGGUCAGUUUUAAUCUGUGAGGGACAGAAAAUUAAAGAAAUGUGAUGAAACGACUUUGUUCAGAGGCUGUGGAUGUUUUUCAGUCUGUGUGAAUGAAACAUUCAGUAUUUUUCUUCACCGCCUCAGAGGACAGGCGGAAGUCAGGACAUCGAUCCUAAUGACAGAGUGCUGCCUUCAGGGACACCAGCAUGUUGUGUGAGUGAGAAGCAGAAAACAGGAUCGCUGAUGUUCAUCUUGUUGUUAUUCUGCUCUGUUUGUGGCGUUAAAUCCCACCAGCAGGAGGACAGAGUGUCAGACUGAAGGACAGCCAGCUGCUGCUGCUCUGCUGGUUUAUUCAUCCUGCAGAUCCUGACAAACAUCUGUUCGUUAUCUCUGACAGUUUGAUUAAUAUUUCUUUCUUCGUGCGAGAAAACGCACAAAAGCGGCUGCGCGCAAAUUACGCACACACCACGCAGGUUUCCCUCUUCGGUCCUGAUCUCACACUCAUCGUUCUGAAGCCGUUUUGCUGAUUGCGCUCCUCGCUGACUUCCAUGGCAGUAAUCUGUUACCUGUGCUGAGGAGGUAACGAGCCUCCGCAGCCACAGAGAGCGAGCGCGUCACAGGGAGAGACUGAGUCCACCAUGAGUCACGCUGGGACAGAAGACCGGGACACAGACCUUCUCCACCCCCCUUGUGGAGACGCUGAAGAUGGUUUGUGAGGAGGAGGAGAAGAGGAGCAGCAGGGUUUAAUCUCUCCCUCCGUGGAAAAUAUGGAAAACUACACGACCUGGAGUAAUUUAACUCAAGUUCUGUCGGAGCUGGACGGGACGAGCGGCGAGGAGGAGGAGGACGAGGAGGAGGAGGAGGACGGCGGCUCCGGAGGCAGCGGCGGGCUGCGCGUCCUCGUCGGCUGCGUCCUCUUCCUGCUCAUCGUGUCCACGCUGCUCGGGAACACGCUGGUGUGCGCGGCGGUCAUCAGGUUCCGCCACCUGCGGUCCAAAGUCACCAACUUCUUCGUCAUCUCUCUGGCCGUGUCCGACCUGUUCGUGGCGGUGCUGGUGAUGCCCUGGGAGGCCAUCACCGAGGUGACAGGCACGUGGCUGUUCGGGCGGUUCUGCGGGGUCUGGAUCGCCUUCGACAUCAUGUGCUCCACGGCCUCCAUCUUGAACCUGUGCAUCAUCAGCGUGGACCGGUACUGGGCCAUCGCCAGCCCGUUCAAGUAUGAGCGGAAGAUGACUCACCGGGUGGCGUUUGUCAUGAUCGGGGUGGCGUGGACGCUUUCCAUCCUGAUCUCCUUCAUCCCGGUGCAGCUCAACUGGCACCAGGCCGAGGAGGAGCAGGAAGAGGAGGUGAUGGAGGAGGUGGUGGCGCUGAACUUCACCAACAGCAGCAACCUCAACACCAACACCAGCACCAACACCAGCACCAACGCCAGCACCGGCACCGACGCCAGGAGCUGUGUCGCCAACCUGAACAAGACCUACGCCAUCUCCUCCUCCUUCAUCAGCUUCUACAUCCCCGUGGUGAUCAUGAUCGCCACCUACACCCGGAUCUACAGGAUCGCUCAGACGCAGAUCCGCCGGAUCGCGUCCUUGGAGAGGGCGGCGGAGCAGGCGCAGAAUCAGGGCCACGGUGUGAACCGGAACCAGCACCAGCAGCACAGAUCCAACGAUGAAACCUCGUUGAAGUCGUCGUUUAAGAAGGAGACCAAAGUCCUGAAGACCCUCUCCAUCAUCAUGGGCGUGUUCGUCUUCUGCUGGCUGCCGUUCUUCGUCCUCAACUGCACGGUGCCGUUCUGCGACCCGCCGUGUGUCAGCGACACCACCUUCACCGUCUUCGUCUGGUUCGGCUGGGCCAACUCCUCCCUCAACCCGGUCAUUUACGCCUUCAACGCAGAAUUCCGACGGGCCUUCGCCACCAUUCUGGGUUGCAACCAAAUCUGCUCAAACAACACGGUGGAAGCUGUGAACUUCAGCGACGAGCUCGUCUCUUACCACCACGACACGACGCUCCACAAGGAGGCGCUGGUCCCGGCGCAGCCGCAGCAACACCCUCGCUCCAUCAACGUCGGGUCCGACCGCCUGGAGGACAUGAGCGCUCAGUUUGACGAGGAGUCCAUCAUCUCCAACGGCUCCCAGAGCAACAACAAACUGCUGCUGCUUCCUGCCACCGUCCAGCUCGAGGACGACCCGGAACUCUCCCUGGAAACAAUCACGCCGUUCACCUCAGCGGCGCGGCUCGAGAGGGACGCUCUAAUACCAGGACAGGUCCACCAGGACGGGUAGGACGGUUCCGCUCUGAGCUGACUGACGGCCACAUCCAAACAGGAAGUUGGGUUGUGUUGUCUUCAAAAUAAAAACAUGAUCUUCGACAUGACUGUAAUUGAACUUGUCCUCCAAAAUGGACAGAAUGAACAUCAGCAAAGUACAUUUCUGCAAAACCACAGAUGAGUUAGAACGUGUUCAGGUUGUAACGUCACGUUCUUUUAGGUUCAGGAAAACAUCUUGGUUUGACUUUAAAAUACGUGUUUAUGUCACGGCAGGAAACUGUCGACCAUGAGCGUGAUGACACUUUUAGUUCAAAUGUAGACUUUGACAUUUUUUUGAAAAGUUGAAUGUUUUGCAGAAAUGUUAACUGUCUUUCUGACUCUGUAUCCUGGCGACUGGGCUGCAGCGUUACACAUUAUAGAACUUUUCCCUGUUGGACGGCUGUUUAUUUGCACUUAUUUAAACCGGAGCAGGUGUAGUUGUAGACGUAGGCGACAGUGAGGUGGAGGAUUGUCAGAGAGCUGAGUGACGGCUGCUGCAGCAACCUGCUUGUCUGAACAUUUUAUUCUGCAAAUUUUCAGUUCUGAAGUGUUGAAACAGUCUGAUGGAACAUUUCCUCCCUGAAAUAACGAUGUCUGAAUGUUAACUGUGACUGAAAGAUGAGCUGUUUUGAAAAACACAUUAAAAUUAAUGUCAAAAUGAAACCAAUUUUCAUAUGUUGCCUGGAAUUAAAUGAAACGAGUCGCCAGAUUAUUGUUUGAUGCAUUUUUUUCUCUCCAAAAUUCCUCAAGCAUUCCUGUGCUAAGCUAACCGUACGCUACAUCACUGUGAAGCACCUGUACAUGAUAGCGAGCUCGUCUGCUAGCUCUGCAAGACCUGAACAUAUCGUCCAGUGAUCUGUAUUAUCACCCCACAGACGAUCGCUUUCUAACUUAUCGAUCAAUAAA